UGUCCCAUAAGGUUGAACACUCUGAAAAUGAUUAGGUACGGAGCAUUUUUGUUGUGUGCAGUAAUAACUUGGAAUUCAUGUGUCCUGGCGGAUUCCCGAAUCGCGCCUUCAGCAUGUGUAUUGACAGACCCACCAAAACAGUGCGGAUCCUUUUGCCUUGCCGCACUUCAUCCUUUGAUUGAUGGUCUAGAAAAUCUUCGCAAGCAGUUGAAUACAACGUCUAGGAUUCAAAACGAUAUGCAAGCUAUGUUGGUCAGCAAUCAAAAGGAUAUAAAAGAUAUGUUGGCAAACAUUCCAAAUGGAUCUCCCGAAAAGCCAACGAAUAUUGAAAGCAAAGUACCAAUGCAACAGACAAAAGUCUGGAAACAUUUCACCAUCAUAAACAUUCAAAAAACUUGGGACGAUGCUGAAACAUAUUGUCGUGUAAUGGGCGGCCAUCUGGCGACCUUUAAGAACCAAGAAGAGUUUGACUCCAUCAAAGAGCAGAUCCACCCAUCAGAAAAGUACUGGGUUGGCAUUAACGAUCGUGUGAAGGAGAAUGAGUAUGUUUCAGUGACCUUCGGCCAGAAGGUACAAUUUUUGGAUUGGGGCCUUGGAGAACCCAGCGAUCCUGGAAAAGAAGAGGACUGUGUUGAGCUUAAAGAACUAAAAAUGAACGAUAUUGAUUGCAGCAAAGAACGCUAUUUCAUUUGUCAGAAUUAAAAAUAAAAAAAAAUAAAAAAAUUUAGUAUUUUAAAAACACUUUUUCAUUAUGUGUUAAUAACUUGGUGCUUUCGUUGGUCAAACCAUUAGCAAUUAUAUAAAAAAAUCGAGUUCAGUCAAUAUUUUUAUUGAUUUAAAUAAUUAUACUUACAAGCAACGAUAUCGAGAGCUGUAGAAGCUAAAUAAAUGGGAAUAGAUAUUUAUAACCUGA